AUGGAACAUGCUUCACAACUUCACAUACAAAAUCGAAGAAGAUUCGCAGUGAACGUGUGGAACGCCAUGGAUGUCUCCGGUGAAGCUCGGAAUAACAGCAACUUACAGAUUCCAUAUUCUUCUCUUACCGUUGACCACACCCUUCCUGUUCCGGAGAUGAAACCUAGUCUCGUAAACCUUUGUAAGGACCUGGUCAAAAAAUGGUCAAAUUUGGAUGAAUCACAUUUCUCUGCCCAAAGAGUAGCUGGUGGCAUCACAAAUCUCUUGCUCAAAGUAUCAGUAGAAGAACAAGAUGGGAAUAUUGUGCAUGUGACAGUUAGACUCUAUGGUCCAAACACAGAGUAUGUCAUUGAUAGGGAAAGAGAACUUAAGGCAAUUCAUUAUCUCUCAGCUGCAGGAUUUGGUGCCAAAUUGCUAGGGGUAUUUGGGAAUGGAAUGAUGCAAUCUUUUAUACAUGCACGAACAUUAGAACCAUUAGACUUGAGAAAGCCAAAAUUAGCAGCUGAAAUUGCAAAGCAACUUAGUAGGUUUCAUCAAGUAGACAUUCCAGGAUCCAAGGAACCUCAGCUGUGGAUUGACAUCUCAAAGUUUUUUGAAAGAGCAUCCAGUCUUACUUUUGAUGAUGAUGAGAAGCAAAAGAGAUACAGUACGAUUUCAUUUAAGGAAGUCCAUACAGAAAUUAUUAAACUCAAGGAAUUGACAGGUCUUCUUAAUGCUCCUGUUGUGUUUUCCCAUAAUGACUUGCUUUCUGGAAAUCUGAUGCUGAAUGAAGACGAAGAGAAGUUGUACAUCAUAGAUUUUGAAUAUGGAUCGUAUAGUUACAGAGGGUUUGACAUUGGGAACCACUUCAAUGAAUAUGCAGGCUAUGAUUGUGACUACACUUUGUACCCGAAUAAGGAUGAACAAUAUCAUUUCUUUAGGCAUUACUUGCAAUCCGAAAGACCUGAUAAGGUGUCAGAGAAGGAUUUGGAGGCGCUUUAUGUUGAAACGAGCUGUUACAUGUUGGCUUCACAUUUGUACUGGGCUCUAUGGGCUCUCAUCCAGGCAAAAAUGUCGCCAAUUGAUUUCGAUUAUCUUGGUUAUUUCUUCCUGAGAUAUAAUGAAUAUAAGAAGCAGAAAGACACGUGCUUUUCUCUGGGUAGAUCUUACCUUUCUGAAUCCAAGACUAGAGGAAGGAGUGAGGACAAUUGA